UUGCCAUGUUGUCAGAUAAGAAACACAUGCGUUCAGUCAUCAGUGUAAAUCUGAAUGCACGUUGAUAAUAGUCGACUAAAGUAUAAAAGCAUGAAAAGUUAGUGGGUCUUUAUUAUGUAUAAUUAGAUGAGAAACUACAAUGAUAAUGAAACUUCUCGGAUGUCGUUCAAUUCGCUUUAUAAGGUAUUUUAGUGAUGUUCAGAAAGUUACCAAAUUUAAGCCGAAAGCUAGUAGAAAAAUCAAUUACUGUACACCAAUACUUUCAGAAGAGAGAAAAAAGUCAAUUAAUAAAAUUGUUGCCUUACAAAUAUCUGGACGGUAUCUAACUUGCACUUCAUUUUUACGAGAUGGAAAUAUGUUGGUCGAUUGGAAAAUGCUUUGCUUUCCAGAAAACAUGUAUAAAUUUAACCUGAACGACAUUUAUAACUCUGUCGUCGACAUAAUGAAAGAUUUACCACAAGGCGAUGCAUACUUAAUAGAAAACUAUAUGAAAAUGCCUAGCAACGUGAAUGUUGCCGGAGCCAAUCUUUUUUAUAUAAAACUACAAACACUUGCUAUGCUCAUUGCACUUAUCAAUAGUAGUCAAAUGAAGGAUCUAUCCACAAAUACCAAUGAGAAAGAUAGUAAAGUAGUACUCAUGAAAGCACGUUUGCACGCUAGGCUGUUUAGAAUAAUUGUUGGGACAGAAAUAAUUUCAUCGCAAACGAUAACCGAAUCGAUGUUGAAAGGUAAUUUUCCUGAACAUAUUACGCCUAUCACACCGGGAAUUGAUGCAGUCCUGACUUACAACUCGGUCCAAGAUCCCGCAAUUAAAGAGCUUAUGUCUAAUGGACUCAUGAUGGCAUUAACCUUUGUUAAUUUGGUACUAAACUGCAAUCCAAACAGUUUACAGGCACUUAGUACAAGUUAUAGCAAGAAAUUGAAAUCAAAUAAAAAAUAAUUUAAACAUUUGUACAUUUUUAAAAAUGUAUCAAUUUUAUUAUAAAUAUAUAACAUAUAUUUAAAACAUUAAA